AUCUAAUUUAAAAUGUAGAAAAAUAUGAGUGUGACAAGGCUUUAGAAAACAAAUUUUGAUAAUAUGAAACGUCAGUGUCACACAGCGCAGGGUUGCCACACAAACAUACACACAUUUGCUGAAUUCACCGAACUGUCACUUUGCUGUUGUUGUACAUUCAUAAUCACUUUGUGUAUUAAUGAAGCCAAUACUUUCCCUAUUGGAUACAAGCGUGCCCCUAAAAUAGAAAUUCAAAAUAAAAGAAAAAUUUAAAAAUUUGUUUAAAAAAACAAAUUGUGUGAAGAAAUAAAACCAAUACAAAAUGAGUGGAAAACUUCCAUAUGGAACAAAAUGUUGUGUGAAGGCAUGUAGAAAUAUUCUGAGCGCCACAAGUUCAGUGGAAUUUCAUCGAUUUCCAACUGAUUUAAAGACUCGAAAAACAUGGUGCAAAGCAAUAAAUUUGGAUGUGAAGCAAAUUACAAAGAAACAUGCGAUAUGCGAUGCCCAUUUUCCCGAAUAUAUGUUUACGUUGAAUGUGAGCAAAGCACUCAACGAAUGGGCCGUACCAAAAUUGGAUGUAAACGAUGAACUUGAUACAAACACGAUUAAUAGCGAAUACAUUGUACCAGAGGACACAACGGAAGUGUAUCUAGAGAUUCAAUGUGUGAGUGAGGAAGAAAUUCCGUGUGACAUUUGUGACAAAAAAUUUGCCACCAUCGAAGAUCGAAACGUUCACAUUGAUGACCAUUUCAAACCGUACACUUGCACAACAUGUGAAAAAGUUCUGAUCGGUGAUCGACAGUUUGAGCAUCAUCGCUUGAGCACUAAGUGUGUUGCAAAACGAAAAAUCGACAGCGUCACGUAUGAAUGUUUUGUAUGUCACAAAGGCAAUUUUUUCUCGAUGCGCUCCUUGAAAAUUCACUUUAAUCGUCAUCACAUUAACGUCAAACAAAAAACCGAUAUUCAACAUAUUUGCGAGUUUUGCAAUAAAAAGUUUGCAAAUACUUACAUUUUGAAGUCACACGUCAAUCAAAUACAUUUGAAUGGAAAGCAAUUUGAGUGUGGCGAAUGUGGAAAAGUCUUCAAUCGACAAUCGAAUCUACAGUGGCAUCAACUCAUCCAUCAGAAUCAAUUGCCGUGCGUGUGUAAAAUUUGUGGUAAAUCAUUUCGAACGCUGUCUGGUUUGAAUCUGCAUAAAAGGACGCAUACCGGAGAGAAACCAUACGUGUGCGAUAUUUGCAACGAAAAAUCGUAUGCUUACAACACGGAUUUGAAGAGACACAAACGCUCGGCUCACGGAAUCAUUGACAAGGUUUUCAACUGUACGAAAUGUGACCAAAUAUUUUAUGAACCGAAAUUCUUGCGGAAACACAUGCAGAAAGUUCAUGACUAGAUCUCAAUGAUUAUGACCAAGAAAUAAAUACCAUUUAUUGAUUGUAUUUAAAAGUAAA